ACUUGCACCCACCCAGCCCCGCCGUCGCCCCACCGCGCCGCGCUCCAGCCACCUCCUCCUCCUCAGUAACACGGGCUGUUGGAAGGUAUAAUGUAGUUGAUCCAAUACAGUCCAUUUCAGUCCAGGAAUCUACAGUGGUGACAAGGACAUGCGACUCCUCCUGCCAGAUUCCAAAUGGUUCAGUACAAUUGACAUCCUGGCUGACAACUGUGAAAAAGAGCCUUGGAUUAUUUUAUUUUUUGUGUGUGGGACACCACAAUCCCAAAUCCAUAGGACACAUUAGGCUUCAAGUUCCCUGUAGAAUUCUAAAAUAACCUUUGCUAAUGAGGAUGUCUGAUACUGUUACUGUAAAAAAUGAAACUGAAACAAUGAAUGAUUUGGACGCAGAAGUGAAAGAUACAGCCAAAGUUGAAAAUCUUACCAAAUCUGAAAACAAUGGGAAGAUUCUGGCAGAGAAGAAUGAACGUUGUAUUGACAACAGUAUUGAUUUUCAGGAGAAAAUUCAGAUCCAGUUAACACAAUCAUUUGAAAAAGAGGAGAAGCCCUCAAAAGAUGAAGCAGAAAAAGAAAAAGCCAGCGAUAAGUUGCCCAGGAAAAUGUUAUCAAGAGAUUCCAGUCAAGAAUACACUGAUUCAGCUGGCAUAGAUCUACAUGAAUUUUUAGUAAAUACAUUAAAAAACAAUCCCAGGGACAGAAUGAUGCUGUUGAAAUUGGAACAAGAAAUUUUAGAUUUCAUUGGUAAUAAUGAGUCUCCACGUAAAAAAUUCCCCCCAAUGACAUCAUACCAUAGAAUGCUAUUACAGAGAGCUGCUUACUUUGGAUUAGACCACAAUGUUGAUCUGAGUGGCAAGUCUGUCAUAGUAAAUAAAACUAGCAAUACAAGAAUACCUGAUCAGAAAUUUAAUGAACAUAUUAAGGAUGAGAAAGGUGAAGAUUUUCAGAAACGAUAUAUCCUCAAGAGAGAUAACUCUAGCUUUGACAAAGAUGAUAACCAGAUGAGAAUACGUUUGAAAGAUGACAGAAGAAGCAAAUCUAUAGAAGAAAGAGAAGAAGAGUACCAGAGAGCUAGAGACCGAAUAUUUUCCCAAGAUUCCCUGUGUUCCCAAGAGAAUUAUAUCAUUGACAAAAGAGUUACUAAAGAUGCUUCAGGGAGAUCAACACAUAGCCGUCAAAGCAGCACUGAGAAUGAGCUGAAGUACUCUGAGCCACGACCCUGGAGCAGCACAGACUCCGACAGCUCGCUCCGCAACUUCAGGCCUGCCGUCACCAACGCCAGCAGCUUCAGUGGGAUUUCAGUCCUGACAAGAGGUGAUAGUUCUGGAAGCAGCAAAAGUGUAGGCAGGCUUUCAAAAACAGGUUCUGAGUCUUCUGGUAGUGAAGGUUCAUCUGCGGGCUCUCUUUCACACCAGCAGCCUCUUCCGGGUACAGCUCUCAGCCAGUCUUCUCAUGGCGCACCUGUCGUCUAUCCAACUGUCAGCACUCACAGUUCUCUUUCCUUUGAUGGUGGCCUAAAUGGGCAAGUCGCAUCUCCUAGCACUAGCUUCUUUUUGCUUCCCUUGGAAGCGGCAGGCAUACCGCCUGGCAGUAUUCUGAUCAACCCACAAACAGGUCAGCCCUUCAUAAACCCAGAUGGGAGUCCAGUUGUGUAUAAUCCUCCUAUGACUCAACAACCAGUUAGAACCCAAGUGCCUGGACCUCCACAGCCCCCUCUGCCACCCCCAGCACCUCAACAACAAGCAGCUAAUCACAUUUUCUCACAGCCUGUUCGUCCUCUGCAGUCCUGUUCACAGCCUGUUCAGUACUCCACAGCCCCUUACCCAUCCCCGCUCCUGCCAGUCUCACCCACCCAGCAAUACUCCGUGGACAACCUUGGGUCUCAGUUUAGCCAUAUGAGUCUUGCCCGCCAGCCCUCUGCAGAUGGUUCUGAUGCUCAUGCCACUAUGUUCCAGUCCACUGUUGUUCUUCAGUCCCCACAGCAGUCGGGUUACAUCAUGACGACUGCCCCUCCACCACCGCCACCACCACCACCGCCUCCUCCGCCUCCCUUACCCCCAGGGCAGCCCAUCCCAACUGCUGGCUAUUCUGCCUCUGGUCAUCCUGUCAGCCAACCUGUGCUCCAGGAGCAGGGUUAUAUUCAGCAGCCCUUACCACAAAUGCCAGCCUGUUACUGUGCUCCAGGCCACUACCACUCUAAUCAGCCUCAGUAUCGUCCAGUUCCUUCUGUCCAUUACAGUUCACAUCUAAACCAACCACUGCCACAGCCUGCACAGCAGACAGGUUAUCAAGUUAUGCCCAACCAGCAGCAAAACUACCAAGGAAUAGUUGGAGUUCAGCAACCCCAGAGUCAGAACCUAGUUGGUGGCCAACCCCACAGCAUUGGAAAUCAGAUUCAAGGAGUGGUCAUCCCCUAUCCUUCAGUGCCAUCAUAUCAGGUUUCACUGCCUCAAGGUUCUCAAGGAAUUGCCCAUCAGACUUAUCAACAGCCUGUUUUGUUCCCCAAUCAGUCUAAUCAAGGAUCUAUGCCCACAACAGGAAUGCCAGUUUAUAGUGUCAUUCCACCUGGCCAACAAAAUAAUUUAAGCUCAUCAUUAGGUUACUUGCAACAUCCAGGAUCAGAACAAGUACAGUUUCCUCGAACUGCUUCACCAUGAAAUUCCCAGCAGCGUCAAAGCCACCAGUGUGCAGCCGUGCCACCUGCACCACCGGGUGGAGGAAUGGUGGUGAUGCAGCUCAGUGUACCAAACAAUCCACAGUCUCGUGCCCACUCACCCCCUCAGUGGAAACAAAACAAAUACUACUGUGAUCACCAGAGAGGACAAAAGUGUGUGGAAUUUACCAAUGUAGACAAUAUUGUUCAACACAGCCCUCAACUCAGUAGUCCAAUUAUUUCACCAGCUCAGUCGCCAACACCAGCUCAGCUGUCCACCCUGAAAACUGUCUGUCCAUCUGGACCACCACUUUCCAUCAUACCCCCGUUUUCUAGCACUUUUGUCCCUGGCCAAGGUGAUGCCAGAUACCCAUUACUUGGCCAGCCACUGCAGUAGAACUCUCCUGCUGUUCUACACGGACACAUUCCAGCCCAGCAGGGCCAGUCUGGCAACAGGCAUGGAAAUAGAGGAAGGAAACAAGCUAAAAAAGCUGCAUCCACUGACCUUGGUGCAGGAGAAGCAGUUGUUGGGAAGGUCUUGGAAAUUACUGAACUACCAGAUGGAAUAACUCACAUGGAGGCCGAGAAGCUUUUUGGGGAACUCUUUAAAAUUGGCACCAAGAUCCGGUGGCUCCGGGAUCCCCAGCCCCAGCUAUGUCGUCACCCUCUCUGCUGUGGCAGUGGGGACAAUACUGUCAACCCUGAAUGCUCUAAACCCAGUGACUUGGCCUCCACAUACACUGUCCUAGCCACAUUCCCCUCCAUUUCGGCUGCGUAGAAUGCAUUGAAGAAACAAAUUAACUCAAUUAACAAGUUUAAGCUGAGAACAAGCAAGAAGCACUAUGACUUUCACAUUUUGGAAAGGGCAAGUUCUCAGUAACAGCCACCUUGGACCCUUGGCCUUUACGAU